AGCUUUCUUAAUCUAUGUCCCGGUUGCCUUCUCUCCAUUUCAUUUCUGCAAACCAAUUGUGUGACGAAAUGCUUAAACUCGAAUAAUCCCAUUGAAUCGCAUUCUAUGGAUUCAGCGACUACUCCUCUACCAAAAUCAGACUCGUUCAAUGCCGAUUCCCCAUCUCCGACGGGAUUAGGCGUUUCCGGCGAGCCUGGGCCCAUGCUUUCUCAACUAUAUGGUUUUCUUGCCUCCAUCACCGCCGUGGUUGCCGCAGGCAUUUAUGUGAUAUGGGCAUAUGUUCCUGACUAUUGGCUGCGGUAUAUAGGAAUCGAUUACUACCCUAGCAGGUAUUGGGAAUUAGGCGUGCCAACUUAUGUAACGGUGAUGAUUGUUGUAGCGAUCGUAUUGUAUACAGGGCUCAACUUUUUGGCUACUCCUCCUCCUACCUCCAUGAAAUUGAUUUUCGAGGAAUACAGUGAAGACAUAUUGACUGGAAUCCCUAUAACAGACGACGGUGAGCCAGUUCUCGAGCCUUUAUCUGACAUGGGCAUCGACCACGUUGAUCAACUGCUUAAUAAUCUAAAUUCGUAGGUGAGCCAUAAAGUUUUUGCGUUGUAAAACUAAUUUCGGAAGGUGAAAUAGAAAUGCAACAUUUCUUCA